GGAGAAGCUUGAGUUCUGCGCUCUGCAUUCUAUAGCCAGACAGAGGUGUCAGUUAUCCACUCUAUCUCUGGGUAACAGCAGCACAACAGCAUGCAGCCGUCUGAGUGACAUGUCUUACUGUUGCUGUGUUGGAGAAGGGUUACUUCCAAUCUGAAGUACAGAAGGUGCCACCUUGUUUCGAGGUAGAAAAGAAAAGAAGACUGAAGAUUUAACAGGUGGAGAGAGGGGGAGAUUACUGAUAACCCCCCCCUCGCCUUACUAAAACAGCAAAACGGAAGGCCUUGGAGUAUUCAAUUUUUUCUUUCGUUUUAUAUUUUUUCUAUUCCUCAUCGCGGUGCUGGGAGGUGCUUCAUCUUUUCAUAUACUUGCUCUCUCCAUCAUUUGCCUUCUUAUCUAUUUUUCCAUAUACCUGGUGUACAAUUUUCUCUAUCUAUGAGUGACAAAGAGAGAGAGAGAGGAGGGGGAGUUUCUAUUAGAUUUUUUGGCCUUUCUUUCCCCUCUCCACUCUUUCCCACACCAUUCCAUCCUUUUUGAUUCUGUCUCCAUCUCUCCACACCUUUCUAUCAUCAGUUGCUCACACCGCAUUCCACUCCUCCUCUCUCUCUCUUUCUCUCUCCUCUCUCACUGUCUCUCUCUGUCUCUAACUCAGAUGCUAAUGAACUUGGACUGAAUUUUUCAAAGAGAACUAAACAGCGCUUCAUCAAUGACUCUUUUUUUCCUUCUUCUCUUUCGGUCCCUCCUCACCCAUGCCCUAUGCAUCACAGUUUUGUGGGAUUCUUAAUUGUAACACUCGCGUGACUAAAAGGAGAGCUUGUCAUGGACCGACAGACAAACAGACAACGAUGACUCCCAAGAAGACAAAGACGUGAAGAGGCAUAGAAGGGAGCGAUACAAGACAGAGGAAGAACGAGGAACACGUUCUCUCUUUCUCCCAUCUUGGAAUCGUCAAGGCAACCGUGUUCACACAUACUCGCACUCAGAGACUUCUCAAGAAGGGAAUCUCGACGAGCUGUUUCACCAAUGGAAAAAGGGAGGAUGGGUUGCCGGGAAAGAGAUGACUAAGAGAGGGCCUCCAUCUGUCCCUAAUCGAUCAUUCAGUCUUUUUUUAGUUCACCCGCACAUUCUUACUUGACAUUUUAAGUUGACUGUUGACAGUGACUUCUGUUUUCAAAAUUUGAUGUUUAAUACAGUGAAUACAGGUACAUUAGGUUUGUAUGUUAGAUGAAAAUUGUAUUUUGUACCAGUAUUCAAAUUAGGGAAAAGGGCUUGAGUUUCUCAGUUAAGCUUCCCAUUCCCAUAGACUCAGUUCCCUCCAAUCUUGAGUAGAUCAGGUUAUUGCCAAGAUAGUUUUACAUCUAUUUUCCAACCUCUAGCUGAGCAGUAUUUCACGCACGCCAGUUAUCAUCCCCGACCUCUAUACCCCCCAAGCAGACAAACACACACACACCGGGCUCUCAUCCCUCCUUCUCCAAGACCUCUCCAGUCAUCUCCACACGGCUUCAUCUAUUCGCCAUCCCUCCAUCCGGGGCUAUGAGAGGAGGAGUUGCGUCCCAGACCACACCAUCAUGCCAGCUCUGAAGAGUAGGGAGGACAUCUGGGCUGGCAAUGUACAAGGGACUGCAUUCACACUCCUCCACGAUGCUUGUCAGCCUCCGCCUCUUCCCCUCCUCUCUCCAGGACAGGCUCAUCUCCUCCCCCACCUUCCCUCCCCCCGACCCCUCUGCCACUUCCUCCUCCUCCCCCCACCACCACCACCAGCCCCCGCGACUGGCCCUGCCCGCCCUCUCCCUCUCGCUCCUCCUCCUCUCCAUGCUCCUCCUGCCCGUCUGCGAAUCGCGGCGGGCCGGGGGCGGGACUCCGGGAGGGGGCGGAACCAGCACGGGACAGGGCGGCGAGCGGGGCGGGGGCGGCGGCCAACGGGGCGUCUUCAUCCCCCCGGCGCCACCCCUCUCCCCCAAGCUGGCCCAGUUCCUGAGCAUCGCCGUCAUCCUGGUGGGCAACUCUAGCGAGGUGACGCUGGGGGCCGGGCUGGAGAAGGAGGAGUUCCUCAACGUGCCCCUCACCCCCAAGGUGGAGCUGGUCACCAUGAACGAGACGGAUCCCAAAAGCAUCAUCAACCGCAUCUGCGCCCUGAUGACCCGCAACUGGCUGCAGGGCGUGGUCUUCGGGGACGACACCGACCAGGAGGCCAUCGCCCAGAUCCUGGACUUCAUCUCGGCCCACACACACAUCCCCAUCCUGGGCAUACGAGGGGGCUCCUCCAUGGUCAUGGCCGCCAAGCCCAGCCACCAUUUUAGCGUCUCUAUUUCCAGAGCCCAGUGGCCCCGCGCCCCCUCGUGCAGGAAACUGGACGCGUUCAUCUACGACGCGGCGGUGCUCAACUACAUGGCCGGGCGGGACGAGGGCUGCAAGCUGGUGACCAUCGGGAGCGGGAAGGUGUUCGCCUCCACGGGCUACGGCAUCGCCAUCCAGAAGGACUCGGGCUGGAAGAGGGCGGUGGACCUGGCCAUCCUCAUGCUGUUUGGCGACGGAGAGAUGGAGGAACUGGAGGCGAUGUGGCUGACGGGCAUCUGUCACAACGAGAAGAACGAGGUCAUGUCCUCCCAGCUGGACGUGGACAACAUGGCGGGCGUCUUCUACAUGCUGGGCGCCGCCAUGGCGCUGUCGCUCAUCACCUUCAUCUGCGAGCACCUGUUCUACUGGCAGCUGCGCUUCUGCUUCAUGGGCGUGUGCUCGGGCAAGCCCGGCUUCACCUUCUCCAUCAGCAGGGGCAUCUACAGCUGCAUCCACGGGGUCCAGAUCGAGGAGAACAAGUCGACCAUGGACUCGCCCUCCGCCACCAUGAACAUGAACAACACCCACUCCAACAUCCUGCGCCUGCUCCGCACCGCCAAGGACAUGACCGCCAUCCCGGGGGUCAACGGCUCGCCGCUCACCGCCCUGGACUACGGCGGCCACCGUCCCGGAGAGUCGCAGGUCUACGACAUCUCGGAGCACCGGCGCAGCCUGGCGGCGGGACACCCCGUGGACUGCAAGGCUCUGACGGCGCCGCCCUACCUGCAGGAGGACAACAUGUUCAGUGACUACAUCAGCGAGGUGGAGAGGACUUUUGGCAACUUGCCGCUGAAGGACAGCAACCUGUACCAGGACCACUACCUGCACCACCACCCGGGCCCUGGGUCCGGCCUGGCUCUGGGUAUGUCCGGCCCGCCGCCGAACCGGCCGCGCAGCCUCGGCAGCGCGAGCUCACUGGAGGGGGGGAUGUUUGAGUGCGACAGCUUAGGGGGAGGGGUAGCGCCCAUCUUCACCACCCAGCCCCGAGCCUCCCUGACGCACAGGAACACCAAUAAGUUUGACCUGAUUGCCGGACACGCCUCCUCCUCCGGCGGCGGCGGUGGCGGGGGUCAGGGCGGGCCGUUCAAGUCGAGCAACGUCUACGGGAGGUUCUCGUUCAAGGGCGGGGCGUCCAGCACGGGGUUCAUAGGGGGGCAUGACAGGUACUGCGGCGGUGGCGGCGGGGGCGGGGGCGGAGGCUCAGGGGGCGACGACGCCAUGUCGGACAUCUCCACGCACACCGUCACCUACGGCAACCUGGAGGGCAACGCCAAGCGGCGCAGGCAGUACCGGGACAGCCUGAAGAAGCGCCCGGCGUCUGCCAAAUCCCGACGGGAGCAGGACGACAUGGAGAUGGCCUACCGGAGGCGGCCCCACCACCACACCGUCCACCACCACUUCCCCCACGGCCCCCUGGGACACCGCUCGGCCUCGCCGCCCCUAGAGCGAAAGAGAGGAGGGGGGAACUCUUCGCCUUACCCGUUCCGCCAGGAGAAAGAGAACCUGCGGGAGUUCUAUGGCGAGCAGUUCCGUUCGAAGGAGGGCAAGGCCCCGUGGGAGCACAUGGACCUGUCUGACGGGCCCUGCGGUGCCGGGGUUGGAGGCGGCGGCAUUUGUAAAAACUUAGUGCCCGUGGAGGACUUCUUGAAAGGUAAAACCAAGAAGUCCGAGUGUAAAGGCGGCGUGGCGGUGGUAGGGGGGGGCGGGGGUCUGGGCUCGGGGGCGGGCCAGCAGGCGCACACCUGCUGGGAGAAGAGCGCGCCGGGGAUGGGGGGAGGGGGCAUCGCCGGGGGCGACUGGGAGUGCCGGAACUGCCACGGCGGCGGAGGAGGUGGAGGAGGGGGGGGCAAGGCCAUGGCUCACCACGGGGGCGGGGGCGGCGGGGGGGGCAGUCGUCCGGGCUCGGCCACGUGCAAGCGCUGUGACUCGGGCAAGAAGCCGGGCAACCUGUACGACAUCAGCGAGGAUAACCUCAUGUUUAGCCAGCUGGGGGGUAAGUGUGCCCACGAGGGCGGAGGCAAGACUGCCGUGGUGCUGGGAGGCGGAGGCGGGGGCGGGGGCCAGACGCAGACUCAGGCGCAGCGCAGGAAGCUAGGGCCGGGGGGGCACGUCCUGCGGAGGCAGCACUCCUACGACACGUUCGUGGACCUGCAGAGGGAGGGGGCUGGCCGCCGGGGCGGGGCCGGAGGAGGAGGAGGGGGGGGAGGGGGCGGAGGGCUCGGGGGGCAACUCCCCCCGCCCAGGAGCGUGAGCUUGAAAGACAAGGAGCGCUUCAUGGAGGGCACGAGCCCCUACGCCCACGUGUUUGAGAGGUAUGCCGGCUCGGAGAGGGAGCCCUCCUCCUCGGGCGUCGGCGGGGAGCGAGGGAAGGGAGGUUCCUCCUUCAGCCUGUUCCGUGGAGGUGAAGGUGGGUUGCACCGGCGCUCGGUGGGGGAGAGAGACACGAGGGACAGAGAUAGAGGAAUGAUGGGAGGUGGGGGAGGUGGAGGAGGCGGAGGAGGUGGAGGAGGCGGAGGAGGAGGCAGAGGUGCCGGGACUUACUCCUUGUCUAAAUCUCUCUACCCAGAUAAGGUGAACCAGAACCCCUUCAUCCCAAGCUUCGGGGACGACCAGUGUCUAUUACACGGUGGAAAGCCGUACUACGUCAAAAAGCCACAGGCCCAGCAACAACAACAACAACAGCUACUCAACAACAGCCGAGGAGGAGGGGACUUCAGAGGCUCCAUGGGGGUGACCUCCUAUUUGCCGGCGACGGCCACGGCGGGGGUAUUGUCCAACGUGGGCCCCAGGUUCCCCAAGGAGCUGUGCUUGGCUGGGGUGGGGGGGCCCAUGGGGAACCACCUGGGGGGGGGCUCUGGGAACAAGCUGCUGCCGGUGGGCAGGGACGGGGGGCUCAGCAUGGUCCAGGGACAAAGAGCCUUCAACGGCUCCAGCAACGGUCAUGUUUACGAGAAGCUCUCCAGCAUUGAGUCUGACGUCUGAGUUGAGAGAGAGAGAGAGAGAGAGAGAGAGAGAGAGAGAGAGAGAGAGAGAGAGAGAGAGAGAGAUGGACAAAUGGUGGGAAAGGAAGGGGGACAGCGAGAGAAAAGAAGAGAGGAUAAAAACGGUGCGGCAUGGGAUGGCGGUUAUGCCGGCUGAACAGAAGCCGAGAGACACUCUACUCAGUCUGCGACGUUCCACUCCCACUCGUACAGAGAGAAGUCAGACAAUGGGGGCCUAACGUCAGGGGACCAGGCCCUGCCUAAGGCCGUCCGAGCGUUAUCCCAAGUUUUAGUG